AAAAUUUUACGUAGCUACAGUACCCAGAAAUUUCUUACUGAGUGCGGUGAAAAGGAAGAAGAAAUUGCGAAAUGGUGGACGUUCUUUUUGAUGAUAUCUUCAGAGUGGAAAAACUCAACCCCGAUGACAAGAAAUACUUCGAUAAAGUAACACGCAUUGAAGCAAGAAGUGAGAGGUUUGACAUGUUCAUGCACCUAGACAUCAAUUCUGAGGUGUAUCCUUUAAAGGUUGGACAGAAAUUCGCCCUUUUACUUGUUCCAACUCUUAAUCUUGAUGGAACACCAGACACUGGCUAUUAUAUUGGGGGCAAUCGGCACUCACUCGCUGACAAUUUUGAAUACGUCAUGCAUGGGAAGCUCUACAAGAUAACAGAGGAUUCAACGCGUGAAAAUGUGGAGGUUCUUAUUUCAUUUGGUGGGCUUCUGAUGAUGAUGAAGGGAGAUCCCUCUCAUUGCAACAAGUUUGAGCUUGAUCAGAAGCUUUAUCUUCUCAUGAGGAAAGUAUGAUGAGAACUAGUGAAGGAAAAACAAAUUAAGGGAUCUGAAAAUUUUGGUUAUCGGCACCUUUUUGUAAUUACAUGUUAGAAGAAUUCAUAUACUGUUAAUCUUCAUGCUAACUAGAUAUUAAUCUUACUCUAACCAAAUUGUUUAAGGUGAGUAAAAUUUCUUUUAGCUUA